ACCAAGUGACAGCUGGGAUGGCUGAGUGCUCGUAAGAAGCCUUCAUCUCCAAAUAGGAUGACCAGCCAACACAGUGGAGAAACUGUGCCUCGUUGUCGCGUAUGAUUCGAACCACCCAUUGUUAGUUCUUGGACGUCUGUUUGGUUCUGUUCAGUUAUUUUCAAAGGAUACUUUAAGAAGGAAAAGGGGAAAAAACAUCAACGGCAUUUCAAGUGGAUUUCCAAUGGAUAUUCCGAUCUGAGGAGGUGCGCGAGAGCACGGUAGAAGUAGAGAAGUAGUCACGGAGCCUACAGCGCCACCAUGAGGUCGGAGGCCUGGCUGCUGUCCCUCACCCUUCUGCAGGUGGCGGGAGCCGGCUUCCCUGAGGACAGCGAGCCUAUCAGUAUUUCACAUGGCAACUAUACAAAGCAAUAUCCUGCAUUUGUGGGCCAUAAACCAGGCAAAAACAACACGCAACGACAUAAACUGGACAUUCAACUGAUCGUUACUUUGAACCGGACCCUUUACAUCGCUGCAAGGGAUCACAUAUACACAGUGGACAUCGACACAGCCAACAGCGAAGAGAUCUUUUUCAGCAAGAAGCUGACCUGGAAGUCCAGGCAGGCGGACGUGGACACCUGUCGGAUGAAAGGGAAGCACAAGGAUGAAUGCCACAAUUUCAUCAAGGUGCUCCUGCAGCAGAACGAGGACACGCUGUUUGUGUGCGGAACCAAUGCAUUCAACCCUGCCUGUCGCACCUACACGAUGGAUGCACUGGAUGUCCUUGGGGAGGAGAUUAGUGGGAUGGCACGCUGCCCUUAUGAUGCCAAGCAUGCCAACGUUGCCUUGUUUGCUGAUGGAAAGCUUUACUCGGCCACAGUAACGGACUUUCUGGCCAUCGACGCUGUCAUCUAUCGUAGCCUGGGAGACAGUCCAACACUGCGCACUGUCAAACAUGACUCCAAAUGGCUGAAAGAGCCCUACUUCGUCCAGGCUGUGGAUUAUGGGGACUUCAUCUACUUCUUCUUCCGAGAAAUUGCUAUGGAGUACAACAGCAUGGGAAAGGUGGUGUUUCCCCGCGUGGCAAGGGUCUGUAAGAAUGACCGCGGCGGCUCUCAGCGCGUGCUGGAGAAGCAAUGGACGUCUUUCCUGAAGACGCGACUCAACUGCUCCAUCCCCGGGGAUUCACACUUUUAUUUCAACAUCCUACAGGCUGUCACCAAUGUCAUCCACGUCAGCGGGCGUGACGUUGUCAUGGCAACCUUCUCUACUCCAUACAACAGCAUCCCUGGCUCGGCUGUGUGUGUGUACGACAUGGCAGAUGUGACGGCGGCCUUCUCAGGCCGCUUCAAAGAGCAGAAGUCCCCCGACUCCACCUGGACCCCUGUCCCUGAGGAGAAGGUGCCCAAGCCCAGACCUGGCUUUUGUGCUGGCACGCCGGUGAUGGAGAGGUACAAGGUGUCCAAUGAGUUUCCUGAUGACACUCUGAAUUUCAUCAAGAUGCACCCUCUGAUGGACGAAGCUGUGGCCUCCAUUGGACACAGACCCUGGUUUCUCAAAACUAUGGUCCGGUAUCGGCUGACGCGCAUCGCUGUAGACAGCGCAGCUGGCCCAUACGGGAAUCAUACAGUGGUGUUCCUGGGCUCCGAGCGAGGGAUCAUCCUCAAGUUCCUGGCUAAGUUGACCAACGGCCUCCUCAACGACAGCCUGUUCCUGGAAGAGCUCAAUGUCUACAACCCUGACAAGUGCAGCGUUGACGGCGUGGAGGACAAGCGCAUCAUCAGCAUGCAGAUCGACAGCAGCAGCCACUCUCUGUUCGUGGCCUUCACCUCCUGCGUGGUCAAGGUGCCGCUCUCACGCUGCCAACGCCACGGGAAGUGCAAGAAAUCAUGCAUCGCCUCCAGGGAUCCAUACUGUGGAUGGGUAUCAGAGGGAGCGUGCAAGCCAUUGAUGCUCAACACAAAAUGGGCGUUUGAGCAGGACGUGGAGCAGGGAAACACAGAUGGACUGGGAGACUGCCAAAACUCUUUUGUGGCCCUGAAUGCCUUUCAUUCCAAUCGUCUUGGUUAUGACAUGACAUCCAAGUUUUUCCAUGCAGGCGCCCCCACCUCCCCCCUGCUCACCACGGCCUUGGCCCCAGCCGCUGGACCUCUGGGCCGUGGGGGGAUGGUCAAAGCGGAGGAGCCCGCGCGCGAUAAGACGGACCCCUACAUGGCAGUGCCCUCACAGACGCAGCAGGACGCCAGCGGUGUGAUCCGUGAGAGCUACCAGAAGGAGCGGGAUCAGAUGGUGCCGGUGACCCUGCUGGCCAUCGCGGUGAUCCUGGCCUUCGUGAUGGGCGCCGUCUUCUCGGGCCUGGUGGUCUACUGCGUGUGUGACCAGCGGCGGCGCCACUUUGAGACGUCCUCGCGCCACGACAAGGAGCUCCCGCACUCCCGGCGCGGCUCCAUGAACAGCGUCACCAAGCUGACGGGGCUCUUCGAGACGGGCGGCAGCUCCAAGGACCCGCGCGCCGCCGAGGCCAUCCUCACGCCGCUCAUGCACAACGGCCGCCUCACGUCGGCCAACGGCAAGAUGCUCAUCAAGGCCGACCAGCACCUGGACCUGUCGGCCCUCCCCACGCCGGAGGCCACGCCCAUGCAGCCGCGCCGCAAGCCCAGCAGGGGGAGCCGCGAGUGGGAGCGCAACCAGAACCUCAUCAACGCCUGCGCCAAGGACCUGGGCGGCCUGGGCUCCCCCACCCUCAUCCCCACCGACCUGCCCCUGCGCUCCUCCCCCGGCCACAUCUCCAGCGUGGUGGUGCUGCCCCUGCCCCAGCACCAGAUGCAGGCCUACCAGCACGAGUACGUGGAGCAGCCCGGCGGCCCAAUGGAUGAGCAGGGCGCCACGCUGGAGUACAAGACCAUGAAGAGCCCGUGCCCAAGCGGCCUGACGCUGGUGGAGGACGGCGAGGGGGGCGUGAGCAUGGGCAUGCUGCUGCCGCCGCGUGUGCCCCAGCGUGAGGCCUCGCUCAGCGUGCCGCCGCCCUCCGUCCCGCAGAUGGGCAAGCGGCUGGAGGUGCACGGGCACGAGCAGCGGCGCGGCUACGCCCUCAAGGCCUCGGCCGCGCUCAAGCGCCACAACACCAACUCCUCCAACUCCUCGCACCUGGCUCGUAACCACAGCUUCUCCCGCGUGGAGACCCCUCCCCCGGCCCCCCAGCGCGUGGACUCCAUCCUCAUGACCACGCUGUCGCGGGCGGGGGGGUCCUACGGCUCGCUGCCCCGCUGCGGAGCCCGGCUCUUCAAGCCCGACGUGCCGCCCAAGCCCUCCCCGGCCUCCCUCGCCUCCUCCCGAGUCAAAUCCCCCAGCAGUGACUCGUACACAUAAUGGGCGUGGCCGCUCUGCUCGACCUCCUCGCCAUCCACGUCCUCUCGUCCCUCCUCCUGCUCGCUCACCCCUGCGACACUCUCUGGAGAAAAAAAAACAGAAUCAAAAGCAACAGAGGCAAAACAGGGAACACGCACUCUAACAAAAAAAAAAAACCUAUUGACUUUGUACAUUGUUGUACAGUAAAAAGCAGCACUUCUCUGAAAGAGAAAGAAAAAAAGAUGUCUAUAUAUAAAUACAAGUGUGGCAUGGCUGGGCAGACUGCGCCGGUGCUCCUGGAGGAGAGACACAACACAUGCUACUGAAGAAAUCAUCAGGAACGCUCUUCAUCAUGUCAUCAAACAGUGGGAUUGAAGAGUCGCUCCAUGACGUUCACAUGGGAAUCGAGCCCAGAGCCGACGCGGUGACUGGGCUCUCUGCUCUGUGAUCAGUCUGCCAAAAGCACACCAGAGAGGGUGAGUGAGGAGCAGUUGUAUAUUUGUGAAGGGGCAGAGGCCCAGAUUAGCACUUGGGACACAACAAGCAAGUUCUGACUGGAACAACAGCCUUGAGUUUACACCAUAAAAAAGAAAUGAAGUCUGAACUGUGAAAUUCACUUGUCAGUGUUACAGCUACUGGAUGCAGCUAUCAAGGGUUCAUCUUGAGGAAGGUCUCAAAUCUUUCUACUGUACUGGUUACUGAAUAACACCUGACUGUUAAUACUAAUAACUGGUUGUAUUUAUUUUUAAUAAGUGCUUUCAAAGAAAGACUUAAUCUUUUUAGGCUCAAGAGAUCUUUUUUUAAUUAUUAUUUUAAUUAAUCAAGUGUAAAAUUAUUUAAAGUCAUUAAACUGGAGCCAGUUCAAGUCUUUUCCAUUGUUGUUGUCAGAAGACGUCCGCUAACUCUGUUUGGGGCCUUUGCGAAAGUGAACAUUAGAGAGCUCUGACCCCUUGCGUAUGAGGGUGUAUAUUUAUUUAACUGUGCCAGAGAUAGACCAGCCAUGGACCUGUUUGCUCAAUGUUUGGAUGGUCAAACAAAUGAAUAAAUCAUAAGAAUGGAGAAUUUUAAACUCCAUCCUUUACUCUCACUUCCUGGAUGGCCAUCAGUGAAGCGGGUUUAUGGCCUGGAGUAGGUUUAUGACCUCACUUCCUGUAGAGUUCAGUGACCUCACUUCCAGACGACCACUGGCCCUUUUUGUGUCACAAGGCAUCACAUUUUGCAUGUGAAAGUGCAAAGGAAUUUGCUGUCCUCCCCUCCCCUUUCCACCCCCAUACACACAAGUGCAGACUCACACACUCCGACAACUAGAACGUGUGGUUGUUUGGACUCAUUGCCAUGCUGUUGAAAGCACUCAGCUUGUUGAGGACGUUUUUGACAUGGAUUAUUUUAUGCCCUCCUGACUACACAAACCUGUUACCAGUGACGUCUGAUCGGUCUGUUAAAUAGCCUGUUUGUGUUUCACUUCCACAUGUAAAUUUGUGCCUUACACUCCUUGAGUAGUGAUUUUUCUUUGUUUUCUUUUUCUUUUGUAUUUUCAUUUCUUACUUUUAACUGUUUUCCCUUGUAGAUUUUAUGAUGAUUAUUCCCUUUGUUUAAAAAAGAAAAAGCAGUGAAAGAAUGUAGGUGUUCUUGUUGUAACUCUGGUCCCAUUGGAAUAACAGUGGUGUGGGGUGGGUGGUUAGAGUGGGUGGGGUAAAGGGGUAGGGGUCUCUCUCUGUGGGUCAUCUUUCAGAUUGUGCCAAUGAUGCCCUCCAGUCAGCUCUGCUCUUUUCAUUUUGGCCACUCAGACAGUGUCGACACAUUUACGUUUUUUUUUUUUUAUUUAUUUAUAUUUUUAAUGGUGUUUUUUUUUUUUUAUGUAGCACAAUGUGUUGCUGUUGUUUUUCUUAACCUUCUCAUUUCUGCUGUAUUCAGAGUUUUGUGUUGUUUUGGAAAAGGCCUUAGCCUUGGAGGUAGGUAUGGUCCACCAUAAUACAGUCACAAGAAACGAGUCCCAUUACAAUGUAUGUCUUUCCUCCCAGCUCUUCUAUAUAUCUCUGACCCAUCGUCCACUCUCCCUCGCCCCAGGCCCUCAUGUAUACCAUCAAACCCAAUUUCUAGACAGAUGAAGACAGGCUGGUUCCUGUGACAGUAAAGCAUUGAGAUCAUAUCAAGAUGACAAUAUCAAAUCCCCUUUUUAAAAAAUAUCUUUCUACUGUGUUUGUGGCUUAUGUAUUUGAACUUAAUCGUGUCUCAUCCUAUAAGUCCUGUCCUGGACCAGUGUUGUGUUGACCACUUCUCUUCACCAUUGAAAACCAGCACAUUGUUAGUGUUGUUAAUUAAAGUACGGUGUUGUAAAUUCUCCACGCCAUUCUCCAGCCCCCCUACAUUCAUUUCAAGUCCUUCACUCAGCCUCUGAUGAAGCUGAUCUCCCUUUGUCACGAGGCAUGCAUAUGUGCAAGUGUUUUGUUCACAGAGAAAGAUUAAUGUGUAUCAAAUGUAUUGACUCCAUUGGCUGCAUUACGGAUCUUUGAUAUACUUAGGGGGCGUCUAGUCCUCAGUUAGUCAACUGCAGCGUUUGUGAAGUGAGGGGCAAGCCUGUUUCUGACCUCAUUCAGUGAUGCGCUUGCUCAGUCCUCAGUCUGUAUAGUGCAGCAUCUCGUUUUAGAUAGAGGCAUGUUCAUUCCACCAUGGGGGAUGGUCACUGUAGUCAGAUAGUGCAGCGUUUCUGCCUAGUGUCUGGAUGACCAUUAGUGGACCAUAGGUCUCUGUGGUGUGCCUUCUUGUGUCUCAGCCCUUGCUACGCACUGCUAGACUUAGCCCAAGGCUUCAUUCAAGAGCAGGCUUAGGACACAAGUUUUAAACUGCUACUCGGGCCACCAGAACAUUUCCUAUGCUAAAAGCAAAGUAGCGAAAGCUCACAAUCAUAGGUGUUGUGUGUUGUGAGUUCCUUUCUGUUCAAAUGCUGUGUCCAAGCUCAAGUUUCCCACAUGCCUGUCUGACUGAAGCAUCGUUUUUUGUUCUCAGAACGAUUUCUUUGUUCCUCAUUUUUUUUUGUAAGAUUGUAAGAUAUUGUUGUCACCAGGUUUUUCUUGCUGUCCACUUCCUUAACAUAUGAUUCACAACUAAAUGUAUGUUGUAAAGAAAUUCUCUUUAAUAAAUAAAAAGGUGUAAUGAAAUCAUUCAA